GAGACAGGCGCGCAGGGCAGCGCAGGGCGGCGUUUUGGUGCGCUGGGAGUGGGGCGGGGGAGCAAACGAGCGAGCAUUCGGCCGCGCGAGGUUCUGUGGGAUACAGGCGGUGCUCUGCUUCUCCGCCUCCUGCUGGGUGCGGAGCGGCUUCGCUGAAGCAAGCGAGCGAAAGGCAGGGAGAGAAGGGACGAGACCCGACUAGGGCAUGAAGAUGGCGGACGCCAAGCAGAAACGAAAUGAGCAGCUGAAGCGCUGGAUCGGCUCCGAGACGGACCAGGAGCCGCCCGUGGUCAAGCGCAAGAAGACCAAGGUGAAGUUCGACGACAGCGCCGUCUUCCUGGCUGCCUGCUCGAGUGGCGACACCGAGGAAGUGCUGCGCCUGCUGGAGCGCGGCGCCGACAUCAACUACGCGAAUGUGGACGGCUUCGCGGCACUGCAUCAGGCUUGCAUAGAUGAUAACAUAGAUAUGGUGAAAUUUCUUGUGGAAAAUGGAGCCAACAUUAAUCAACCUGACAAUGAAGGCUGGAUACCUCUACAUGCAGCUGCUUCCUGUGGUUAUCUUGAUAUAGCAGAAUACCUGAUUAGUCAAGGAGCACAUGUAGGAGCUGUAAACAGUGAAGGAAACACUCCAUUAGAUAUUGCUGAGGAAGAGGCAAUGGAAGAAUUGCUUCAAAAUGAAGUGAAUCGACAAGGGGUUGAUAUAGAGGCAGCUCGGAAAGAAGAAGAACGGAUAAUGCUUAGGGAUGCUAGACAGUGGCUUAACAGUGGUCAUAUAAAUGAUGUUCGGCAUGCAAAAUCUGGUGGUACAGCUCUUCAUGUAUCUGCUGCUAAAGGGUAUACAGAAGUCUUAAAGCUGUUAAUACAAGCUGGGUAUGAUGUAAAUAUUAAAGAUUAUGAUGGAUGGACACCACUUCACGCAGCUGCUCACUGGGGAAAAGAAGAAGCGUGUCGAAUACUAGUUGAAAAUUUGUGUGAUAUGGAAACUGUCAACAAAGUGGGUCAAACAGCAUUUGAUGUAGCAGAUGAAGACAUUUUAGGUUAUUUAGAAGAGCUUCAAAAGAAACAAAAUAUGCUUCAUAGUGAAAAAAAGGAGAAAAAAUCACCUUUAAUUGAAUCAACUGCCAACAUGGACAAUAAUCAGUCUCAAAAAUCAUUUAAAAAUAAAGAGACUUUGAUCAUUGAGCAAGACAAGAAUCCAUCAAACAUUGAGUCUUUAGAACAAGAAAAAGGUGAUGAAGAAGAAGAAGGAAAGAAAGAUGAAUCCAGUUGCUCUAGUGAGGAAGAUGAGGAAGAAGAUUCAGAAUCUGAAGCAGAAACAGAAAAGAACAAAUCUACAGCAAAUAAUUCAAGUACCAGCAAUGUGCAAGCUUCUUCAAUAGCUGUAACAACACCAUCUGUUCCUACUGGUCAAGUGACACCUACAUCACCUCUUAAAAAGUUUCCAACUUCAACUAAGGUUUCUCCCAAAGACGAAGAACGUAAAGAUGAGUCCCCUGCUUCUUGGAGAUUAGGUCUUCGAAAGACUGGCAGUUAUGGGGCUCUGGCAGAGAUUACAGCUAGCAAAGAAACUCAGAAAGAAAAAGAUUCAACGGGUGUUAUGCGUUCAGCUUCAAGCCCUAGAUUGUCCUCUACAUUAGACAACAAAGACAAGGAGAAAGAUACAAAAACAACUAGACUUGCAUAUGUCACACCUACAAUACCAAGACGGCUGGCCAGUACAUCUGAUAUUGAAGAGAAAGAAAAUAGGGAUUCUUCAGCCAGUAUAAUACGUGGUAGUGGUUCUUAUACUAGAAGAAAAUGGGAAGAAGAUGCAAAGAAAAAUAUCUCAAAUGAAGGAACUUCAUCACUAAAUUCAAGCUAUCAGAAAAGUGGUUCCUUUGGUAGAAGACAAGAUGACUUGAUUAGCUCUAGUAUUCCAAAUAUUACAUCCAUAUCAACCAUUACCUCUCUGACUGGUCUUCAGAAAAAUCUGCUUUCUAGUGCAAGCACUGCUGCAAAGGCCACAACAGGUUCAGCGACAUCAACCAUGCAAAGCAGUACCUCAAAUCGUUUAUGGGCUGAGGAUAGUACUGAGAAAGACAAAGACAAUGUUUCUACAGCACUGACUGUUCCUGUUGCACCAUCAGUUGUAAAUACUGGGGUUACUACAGCUGCCUUGACUACAACUACUACUGGUACUGUGUCAUCUUCAGAAGUCAGGGAGAGACGCAGGUCAUACCUCACUCCAGUUCGGGAUGAAGAAUCUGAAUCCCAAAGAAAGGCUAGAUCAAGGCAAGCGAGGCAAUCCAGAAGAUCCACACAGGGUGUAACGUUAACUGAUCUCCAGGAAGCUGAAAAAACAAUUGGUAGAAGUCGUGCUACACGAACUAGAGAACAAGAAAAUGAAGAAAAAGAAAAGGAAGACAAAGAAAAACAAGACAAAGAAAAACAGGAGGAAAAGAAAGAAUCAGAAACUAGAGAUGAUGAUUUCAGGCAAAGAUAUGCACGAACCUUAGAGGAGCCAUAUCAUCGUUAUAGAACUACAUCUUCAACUGCUUCAUCAACUUCUUCAGUAGCCACCUCUUCUAAUUCUUCAAGCCAACUGAAUAGACCAAACAGCAUUAUAGGUAUAACUUCUGCUUACUCAAGAAGUGCAGCAAAAGAAAAUGAGAGAGAAGCAGACAAGAAAGAAGAAGAAAAGGAAGAAGAUAAAUCACAAACAAAAUCAGUAAGAGAAAGACGGCGGCCAAGAGAAAAACGAAGAUCAACAGGAGUUUCUUUUUGGACUCAAGAUAGUGAUGAAAAUGAACAAGACCACCAGUCUGAUUCAGAAGAGGGAACAAAUAAAAAAGAAGCACAGAGUGAUAGCCAUUCAAGAUAUGACACAGGGUCAUCAGGGGAUCGUUAUGAUUCAUUACUAGGACGGACAGGUUACAGUUACUUGGAAGAUCGCAAAUUAUAUACCAGUAAACUAGAAAGAGAAGAUACAACUGAUUUUAAAAAGCUUUAUGAACAGAUUAUAGCUGAAAAUGAAAAACUGAAAGCACAGUUGCAUGAUACAAACAUGGAAUUAACGGACCUUAAGCUACAAUUGGAGAAGGCAACCCAGAGGCAGGAAAGAUUUGCUGAUAGAUCUCUGCUAGAAAUGGAAAAAAGGGUGACCGACAAGAGUCAGUAUCUACGGGGCGGAACGAAGAGCUCUAGAAAGGCGAAUAUCUGAAAUGGAAGAAGAACUCAAGAUGCUACCAGACCUGAAGGCAGAUAACCAGAGGCUAAAGGAUGAAAAUGGGGCCUUGAUCAGAGUGAUCAGCAAGCUUUCCAAAUAAAAUUGUUUACUCUAUCAGCAAAUCAUGGGAUUGCACAUAAUUAGUAACUCCAGUGGACCAUAGCAUGGAAAUCAUUGGAUGCCUGGGAAGAUUUCUUGGAGACUGUCGUUUUCAGAUAUUCUGCCAAAAGCCCUCUUACCUGGGUGUGUGUUUUUUAAACCAAGAUCAUAUUCAUGUGUUAAAGCAGCUGCUGAGAAGACAAAAUGACUGAGAAAUCUUGUUUACAGCUACUGCAUAUAAGGAAAGUGUUCAAGGCCUGAUAAGCCUCAGAUAUUUAACCAGUAAGCCUUAGUUGUACAUAAACACGUUUAAAAAAAAAAGCUUUCUGCUAUCACAGUUACUUUAUUUUGUUGUUUGUCACUGUUUCUGGUUUUUUCCCCUUAUCUUGAUUU